AUGGCACAAUUCAUCCCGCGAGCAGCAUUUCCUGCCCAGCUCUCGCUGCCGCGCUCCUAUUUCCUCGGCCACCAUGCCUCGGGCCUCUCGAAAAUGAAGACCAUGCUCUCAUCAAUCGACCUCAUCAUCGAAUGUCGAGACUACAGAGUCCCGCUCACAUCUCGGAAUCCGCUCUUCGAAGAGUCGCUGGCUGGUCGAGAGCGCGUCGUCGUGUAUACGAAGAGAGAUUUGGGUAGUAAGGACCAGCCAGCGGAUAAACAGAGAGAAGACAUGAUCAAACAAUGGCAUGCACCAUCCACGACCCUUUUCACGAACCAUAAAUCGAAACGCGACGUGAGAACCGUCCUCGAUCUCUGCAAGCAGCACAACGAAGCACGACAAUCCUUACUCGGCUCGCGAAUUCUCGUCGUUGGUAUGCCGAACGUGGGUAAAUCGUCCCUCUUGAACGCGCUGCGGAUGGUAGGUGUACAUAAAGCCAAGGCGGCGUUCACAGGUGCCCAGCCAGGGGUGACGAGAAAGAUUGCCAGCGGAGUCAAGAUUGUAGAGAGGGACGAAGCAAAGGGACUAGAAGGCGUAUACUUGGUUGAUACGCCUGGUGUAUUUGUGCCAUUUGUGCCGGAUGCAGAGGCGAUGAUGAAACUGGCUCUAGUGGGGAGUGUGAAGGAUACGAUUAUUGCCCCGGUCACGCUUUGUGAUUAUCUAUUGUAUCACAUCAAUAAACAGCUAGGUGGGGAGGUGUGGUAUAAGGAGUACUGCCGCCCUACGAAUGAUGUCGUGGAGUUGUUGGAGGGGGUAUGUAGGAAGACAGGACGAUUAGGAAAAGGCGGCGUUCCGGACACGGAUGCUGCUGCGCUCUGGAUCAUACAGAGAUGGAGGCAGGGAAAUCUAGGUCAUUUCAUCUUGGAUGAGGUUUCACAAGAUGCUUUGGAGAUGAAGAUGAGAGAGGAAAUUGGAUUAAGUCUCAGCCAGGCAAGGAAACAAGCCAAGGACGUGCAGAGAGCGAGGACGAAGGCUAGACUGUCUGACGCUGCCCGCUGA